AUGGAGCUGCUUGAAGAAGAUCUGACGUGCCCAAUCUGUUGCAGUCUGUUUGAUGAUCCACGAGUGUUGCCUUGCUCACACAACUUCUGCAAAAAAUGCUUGGAAGGUCUCUUAGAGGGGAAUGUGCGGAAUUCGUUGUGGAGACCAUCGCCAUUCAAGUGCCCCACCUGCCGUAAGGAAACAUCAGCUACUGGAGUUAACAGCCUGCAGGUUAAUUAUUCCCUGAAGGGUAUUGUGGAAAAGUAUAACAAGAUCAAGAUUUCUCCCAAGAUGCCAGUGUGCAAAGGACACUUGGGGCAGCCUCUAAACAUUUUCUGCCUGACUGAUAUGCAGCUGAUUUGUGGGAUCUGUGCUACCCGUGGUGACCACACCAAGCAUGUCUUCUGUUCUAUUGAAGAUGCCUAUGCUCAGGAAAGGAAUGCUUUUGAAUCCCUCUUCCAGAGCUUUGAGACAUGGCGUCGGGGAGAUGCUCUUUCUCGCUUGGAUACCUUGGAAACUAGCAAGAGGAAAUCCCUACAGUUACUGACUAAAGAUUCAGAUAAAGUGAAGGAGUUUUUUGAGAAAUUACAACAUACACUGGAUCAAAAGAAGAAUGAAAUCCUAUCUGACUUUGAGACCAUGAAACUUGCAGUGAUGCAAGCCUAUGACCCAGAGAUCAACAAACUCAACACCAUCUUGCAGGAACAACGAAUGGCCUUUAACAUUGCUGAGGCAUUCAAAGACGUGUCAGAGCCCAUCAUAUUUCUGCAACAGAUGCAGGAGUUCAGGGAGAAAAUCAAAGUAAUCAAGGAAACUCCUUUACCUCCCUCUAAUUUGCCCACAAGCCCUUUAAUGAAGAACUUUGAUACCAGUCAGUGGGAGGACAUCAAAUUAGUAGACGUGGAUAAACUUUCUUUGCCUCAAGACACUAGCACAUUCAUUAGCAAGAUUCCCUGGCGCUUUUAUCAGCUACUUGUGGUGGUCCUUCUGCUUGGCCUCCUUGUUUUCUUCAGUCCUACUGUAUUCCUAGAAUGGUCUUUAUUUGAUGAAUUGGCAGCAUGGAAAGACCACCUUUCAAACUUUAGUUCUUAUCUGACUGAGAAAGCUGAUUUUGUAGAACAAUCCAUUUUUUACUGGGAACAGGUGACAGAUGGGUUUCUCAUUUUCAGUGAAAAAUUCAGGAAUUUUAGUUUGGUGGUGCUGAACAAUGUGGCAGAUUUUGUGUGCAAAUAUAAACUAUUAUAAAAUAUGUUUCAUGUAUGCAGUUCUUUUAUUAGAAUUUGUUAGAAUAGUAAUUCAACUUUGGUCAAGAUUCCAGUCAGAUGUUUUCCUCGAAAAAAAUUUCCUUCAAAAACAAUGUCCUGUGGUGGCAUCUGGCAUGUUGUCCUACAUUGGAGUGUCUGGGUUUGAUACUUGGCUCCAGAUUCCUGCUAAUGUGAACUCAGGAAGGCAGUGGCUCAAGUGGUUGGGUUCCUGCCACCUACACUGGCAGAUGUGGAUUGAGUUUGCUGCUCUUAACUUCUGCCUUGGCCCUGGCCCAGCCCCAGUUGUCUCAGAUAGGAGCAUGUGCUUUCUCUGUAUCCUCAAAUAAAAACUGAAACAAAAAAAUCAUAUGUUCAAACUAGAUAGCAUAAGGAUAAAAGGGAAACUUGCUAAUACAGCCCUGGACCAUCCUUCCUUUAUAAAGAGUGACUUUGAAAUGAGUUUUCUGCCCACAGUAUUGAUUGUGCUUAUGCUGGGAUUAAAAAUGGGAAGUGAGAGCAUAUGGUUAUCUAUUGUAUUGACAAGGUAGGUAGUAUAACAGUGAUUGUCCAUCAAGCAUGAAAUAAAGACUACUCUUGUAAAGCA